UCCGGAACCGUGGUUCCACUGUCAACUUUUUAUAUGCGUCGCUACAUUCGUCAUGCUUUUCUUUAUUUUUUAUGAUGUAACCUGCUUACACGUGUUACGUCGUAGUUAUCAUUUUUAUCUUACCUAUUGAGGUAAUACGUAUAUUAACUUGCUUGUUAAGAUUUGGAAUUCAUGGGUACGAAGCCUCUUGCAUUUUUCAUCGCACAAUAUUCCCCGCAAGGCUUCGUAAAGUUCUUCAUGUAUUCUCUACAUGGGUAAUUUCCAUGCUUCGAGAGUGCACAUGAGUUCUUUAUUUUGAAGUUGGUAUAUUGCAUCCUGUUCCCGGAAGUGUUCGUAUGGUUGCACGUGUUCCUUACUGGUGCGGUAGUUUUUUCGUGUCAUAAUGUCUGAUAGAAAUGAAAACUUUUCAGAAUGUGGUAAGAAGAAAACGUCCAUAGAUUCGGUACAUUUGAGCACACGAAGGGAAUAUAAGAAACGAGGUGGUGGAGGUGAAACAAUGAAAGCUAGAAAUGUGAAAGAAAAUCAAGCAAAUAAUUUUGCAAAUAUCAACAAAGAUGGCGUUUCAAACAACUGGAAAACCUUUAAGCAAAAUCUUUUGCAUUUAGAGAAGACCAGUCCUCUACAAGUAGAAAAUAAAAGGGAACAUGGACUUAAUAAGAAGAAAUCAGUGGAUAUUGGUAAGGUAACAUCACAGUCGUCAGCCGAUGGACACGUGAAAAAAAAGUUUACUGAUUUGAGUAAAGAAAAAACAAAAGUUAUUGCUCUGGACUGUGAAAUGGUGGGCAUUGAUACUGGAAAGGACAAUAUGCUUGCAAGGGUGUCGUUGGUAAAUAAGUAUGGAAAUUGUAUAUAUGAUAAGUAUGUGUUGCCCUCUGAGCCAAUCGUGGAUUACAGAACUCGUGUCAGUGGCAUUCGACCAAAUGAUUUGCAUAAUGGAGAACGUUUUGAGACUGUUCAGAAGGAAGUAGCAGAAAUUUUACAAGGUCGGAUUUUGGUUGGUCAUGCGUUAAGAAAUGACCUGAAAGUCCUCUUUCUAAGUCAUCCAAGGAGAGCAAUUCGGGAUACAUCUAGGUACAAACCCUUCCGAAAAUUUGCAAAUGGUCGUACACCAAGUUUGCGCAAACUAGCUGAAGAAGUAUUGGGUGUUAAAAUACAGCAGGGUGAACAUGAUUCAGUGGUAGAUGCAAGAACAGCAUUGCAAUUAUAUUUAUUGUAUAGAAAGGAGUGGGAGAAAGGUAUUCAUUCUAAAUCCAAUGUAUAAUGAAUUAAGUGACUGCUUGUAAAUUGAUGUAAUGAAAUGUGCCUUUAUUAGACAAAUGUAAAAUGGAGUUUCAGCUUGUACUUUAUUUCAUUGUAAAACAGUAAGUGUUUGUUAUAUUUUUUUGUCAGUUUGACAUGUCAUGAUGACUUAAUUAUUUGUGGUGAACCAUUUGGAGGUUAAAUAACCACAUUUGUUUGCCUCCUGUUAUGGUUUCUAUGAAUGUCACAUUUAUUAACAUUGCACAAUGUAGUCUGGUUCGCCUUGAUGUUGGCAGCGGAGACCUCUGAACGUCAGUGUAUUUCUCCCAGACUACAUGGGGCAACAACCCAGAAGACAGCCAUCUUUAGACUCAUCGCCGUGAAAAUGCAAACUUCAGACUGUAUAUGUUCUAAGUUUGAUGCAAAAUUACUAUGUAAAAUAUGUUAUUAAUGCAGGUUUGGAUUAUGUAAAAUUCAUUGUGUAUAGAUUAAGGUAUUGAAAUGUGUUUGGAAGACAUUGAAUUUCACUAUGUUAUUCUCGUUAUUCAAAUAAGUAUUUCAGGAUGGAGUGUCAGCAAUUGCCAGUAAGACAUACUUUUGAACAUUUAUUUUGUGCUUGCAUGUUUUACCUUUUUUGAUGACCUUCAUAGUUACAAUUAUAUGGUUUGUAUGAAUAUGAUUGGCUUCUAUGAUGUGCCAUGUAGUCUAAUAUAAAUUGGGUAAGGUACUGAUCAUCUUGAUAAUAAGGCAAUAAGCACCUCUGAAACAGCCAGUUUCUGUUGAAUUAUGUGGCACAUCGUCCCAAAAAAUGGUCAUCUUCAUACUUUCUGAUGCGAGAACUUGAAAUCCUACAUGGUUUGUAAGUACAAUGACAUGUUCUUUCUCUGUUUUGUAAAUUAUUUUACAUGGUAUCCCAUUGUACUCAUUAUCAAUACUAACGUAUUUGUGUUAUAAAUAUAUGGUUGAAUGAUGAAACUGUGAAACUUGAAUAUAGAGCUAGAGGUUGCAUGUAUGGAUUACAAAUAUAAAUUAUUAUGGGUUUAAUAUUUGUUCUGAAGUGAGUGGUGCAGAGCCUUUCUUGGAAAAGUAAUAGUUAUUCAGGUGGUCACUGAACUUGGAGAUUCAUAAUGUUCACAAAACUCUGCCAUUGGAUCUAUCUGAGCUACUGAAUUCAGCCAACAUCUUUAUUUUUUUUAUAAGAUACAUUUUAAUGUUGUCUUCCCAUCUGUGCUUAAAUUUUCCAAAUAAUGUGUUUUGUUUUAAGUUUUCCAACAAACAUUCUGUUACCAUACAGUGAAGUCAUGAAGCUCAUUUAGUACUUCCAAGUACUGCUCAUCUCAGAUUGCACAUAAUUAUUCUUAUUUAUCUCCAUGUCCAGAGUAGCUUUGAGCACACUUGGGAUUAUACUCAAUGUCCCAACCCAGAAAAUCAUGACAUGAUAUUUGACUGGUUGGAUAAGUAGUAUUUGAAGCUUUUUCAGUGAACAGCUAUGCAAACAUUUGUUGGGUGACAAUCUUGAGUAUUCAUAGAACAAGGGAUACUCAGAAGAGAAUUACAAAAAAAAAAAAAGUUACAAACCAGAUGGAGAUGGUUCAUCCAGCGAGGCUUACUACAUGAAAUCAAGAAGAGGAGUAAAAGCUGGCAAGUAAUAAAAAAGGGAAUAUGUAUGAAGGUUAAAGAGAGAGUUUUUAUUCAUUGAACUAUGUAAAAUGGAAAUAGAAGGCUCUCUAGAUGUUCAAGUGUUUAUUUAAACAGCAUGUCUCAACAUUAAACGUUUGUCGUACUGUG